GCAAGGUUAAACAGAAAAUAUUGGGUGGGGACCACCGCGGCUGCCAGGCAGCGAAACCAAAACAAUAUAUCUAAAGGAAACGCAUAUAGCGUGGUUGUGUCAAUGCACGCCUGAAAUCACAAGACCAUCACAAUCCACCAGUGUAUUUUAAUUUGGUGGUCGCUGCCUCACUAGCUGCUGGGCGGAAGGAAAAUUGUCGGCGAACACGACAGGACAAGGAAAACCGACGGUCUCUUAUUCAAACCUGUUGCAGUCUGCGCCAAGACAUGGCCGUGAACAGCGACGGAAUUCAAUUGAAAGAUUAUCAACGGUACAAUAUGCCUAGCGAUCCUCCACAGGUCGACUUCAAAUUUUUGAGAUUUCCUCGGUCACCACCUCGGUCGUUGGCUAAAACGCCUUUAGCUCAAUUGUCAAUCGACCAUGCGUCGUACGAAGCCAAUCUGAGAGUUCAGCUCCAAGAUAAAGGACUUGAAGACAGUGACGAGACCUUGACGGAACCGAAUUUUACAGAUAUUCUCGAGUUCUCAGACGAAUGCAAAGUGAACGUACUGCUGAUUUACGCCGUCUCUAAAGGGAACGCACCCGCAGUUACGAAGAUCAUGAAUAAAUCAAACGAAUCUACACCCGAGUACGAGUGCCACAACCUGAAUGCCCUCCAGGUGGCCGUCGCGUACGGUCACGGUGACUGCAUCGAGGCUAUCUUGAGACCCACUUCGUACCGGAAAAGGUGGCUUGAAUCCAAAUUUUUCGGGUUUUCACUCAUCCAUUUUGCAGUGUACCACAAAAACGUGCACUCCCUUGAGAUUUUAUUAAAUUAUUGCAGCGAGGAAGUAAAAGGUUCUGAUGAUUUGUUUAUUCAAGACUUGUUGAAUAAAGGCUGCGAUCACACACCGCACUACACAGCUCUUCACAUUGCUGCUCGACAGGAUUUGCCUGACAUGGUGAGCGUGCUGGUCGAUAGAGGCGCCAACUUGGACGCAAGACUCGCCAAAUCUGCCCAUACACCGCUGCACCUGGCCGCCUUGUCCAAGUCAACGCACGCGGCGGAGAAGUUGAUCGAAAAAGGCGCGUCGCUGACCGCAAAAACGGGUGACUACUCGCUGACGGCCCUGUCGUUGGUUAGCAGCAAGAUUCCCCGCGCCCUGGACGCCAUCAUGCCAAUGCUAAACGCUCGCAUCAGUCUGGACGAGGAAGAAGACGCCAAGAGGCUGGUGCUUGACUUCAGUAAUUUGCAGAAGUCGCCGGACGACUUUGAGAUGUCUCUUCUUUCAUGCUUUGUCACGUGCGAAGAGACAAAAUAUUUGCAGCACCCGCUAUGCCAGGCGUUACUGGACAAGAAUUGGGAGCGUGUACGAUUAUGGUUUUUCAUGCGGCUGUUCCACUAUUUGAUCCUGUUGACGAGUCUCACCACCUACAUCAUGGCCUUCCACUCUGGCUUCUGCACCCCGCCGGAACCAAAGUACAACUACACGUCAAUCACAUGCCCAGGAAAUUCGACCCUGUUUGAAACCGUCAACAAUAACGAUGGUUUGAAAAUCUUCAUCAACGCGGCAUACGUACUUGUAGUGCCCUUGACUAUAAUCGACAUCAUCCGCAAGCUGAUCGGCUUUUUCUCGUUCGCCAACAGCCCCUCGACGCCCACAAUGUUGAGGACCUUUAUCCGCUAUUUGCAGCAAUUUGAAAACUACUUUGAAUGGUUCUGCUUGCUCACAACCCUGUACUUAUUCUACACAAAGCCGGAUCAGGGCACAUACCACGACCGCUUGGCUCCGCUGAUAAUUCUUAUCGCCUGGGCAAACUUCAUGAUCCUGCUGGGCCAGCUACCAUUUUUUGGCGUCUACGUUGAGAUGUACCUGUCUGUGCUGAAGGAAUUCCUGAAGCUGCUGAUGGCCUAUGUGUGCCUCCUGAUCGGCUAUUCAAUAAGUUUCUACAUGAUUUUUAAGACAAAGGACCCAUUUUCCAACCCUCUGAAGGCGAUCUGGAAGACGAUGGCCAUGAUGAUCGGCGAGCUCGAGUACAACGAACUCUUUGAACAUGACGGCCUGACAGUUCAGGACAUGGACCUGCUCUCCUCUAUCUCUGUGCAGAUUAUUUUUCUCACAUUCAUCUUCACGAUUGCAAUCGUGUUAAUGAACCUGCUGAUCGGUAUUGUCGUCCACGACGUGAAUGAAAUCAAGAAAUCGGCCCUGGCUACUAAACUCAAGCGCAAGGUCGACCUAGUUGAGUACCUGGACACCACCUCCGGCAAUAUUCUCUUCGUUUUCCGCCUCCUGCGAAGGGUCACUUGCUACGACAGUCUGAGUAACUGUUCGAUUCUGAGGAGGAAGGGUGGAAGGAGGAACAAAGUCGCUACUAAUGAAAAUCAGGAUAAGCCCUUUAUAGUGACCUACACGCAGCCGAAGCACAAGGACUUUGACAGCGAGGCGUUGUGCGAAGCCUUGAAAAUCGCCCUGGAGAACAAGGAAGUGAGCAUAAGCACUGAGCCAGGAGACGAGGUGGACGGUAAUAAUUUUAAGCGCGCGGUCAACAACCUGCAAAUCAUCUUCCGGAGAAACAACGCAAAAAUAUUGCGUCUGACCAAUGAGCUGAAUGAACUAGUAAACAAAAAUAAUUUGAUAGCGCAGAAACUGAAGAAGUAACCAAAUUAAAGUACCAUGCAAUUUUGCAUAAUGGAAUUGAUUAAAUUGAACUGAUAUUAGAUGUAAAUAAUGUCAUAUAUUUUAUUAAACACUAACAUUUUAUUAUACGUAUUAUUUAAAAAUCAAUAAAUAAAUCAGACUACUUUAAAAUA